AACUCGUCUGAAUGUGGCUCCGACGAUAAAAACCGAGCCGUCAUGUUUCCGUCCCUCCCUCUCUGCUUCUGUCCGUCGGCCAGGCUGCUGCUGUACUCAACCUCCCCGGAACAAAACACCUGAAAGCAACCAUGUCUGAGAAACUUCCCUUCAAAGUUGCCGACAUCAGCCUGGCUGAAUGGGGACGCAAGGCCAUCGAUAUCGCAGAGAACGAGAUGCCGGGCCUCAUGAAGAUGAGGGAGCUGUACGGUCAGUCCAAGCCCCUGAAGGGCGCCCGUAUCGCCGGCUGCCUCCACAUGACCCUGCAGACCGCCGUGCUCAUCGAGACCCUCACAGCCCUCGGAGCUGAGGUUCAGUGGUCGAGCUGUAACAUUUUCUCCACUCAGGACCAUGCUGCUUCCGCCAUCGCCAAGACUGGCGUUCCAGUUUAUGCGUGGAAGGGUGAGACAGAUGAGGAGUACGUGUGGUGCAUCGAGCAGACUAUAUACUUCAAAGACGGUCAGCCCCUCAACAUGAUCCUGGAUGACGGAGGUGACCUCACCAACCUGGUUCACCAGAAGUACCCUAAACUGCUGGCAGGUAUCCGCGGAGUGUCAGAGGAGACCACCACAGGCGUCCACAACCUGUACAAGAUGAUGAAAAAGGGCGACCUGAAGAUCCCCGCCAUCAACGUCAAUGACUCCGUCACCAAGAGCAAGUUCGACAACCUGUACGGCUGCAGGGAGAGUCUGAUCGACGGCAUCAAGCGAGCCACUGACGUGAUGAUCGCUGGUAAAGUUGCCGUGGUUGCGGGUUACGGUGACGUGGGUAAGGGCUGCGUCCAGGCUCUGCGUGGGUUCGGCGCUCGCGUCAUCGUCACCGAGAUCGACCCCAUCAACGCCCUGCAGGCUGCCAUGGAGGGUUAUGAGGUUACCACCAUGGAUGAAGCUUGUAAGGAAGGAAACAUCUUUGUCACCACCACUGGCUGUGAAGACAUCAUCCUGGGACAUCACUUUGAGAACAUGAAGGACGACGCCAUCGUUUGCAACAUUGGACACUUUGACUGUGAGAUCGACGUGAGCUGGCUCACCAAAAACGCAGCCGAGAAGAUCAACGUCAAGCCCCAGGUCGAUCGUUAUCGUUUGAAGAACGGUCGUCACGUCAUCAUCCUGGCAGAGGGCAGACUGGUCAACCUGGGCUGUGCCAUGGGACACCCAUCGUUUGUCAUGAGCAACUCUUUCACCAAUCAGGUGUUGGCUCAGAUCGAGUUGUGGACAAACACAGCCAAGUACCCUGUGGGAGUCUACUUCCUGCCCAAGAAGCUGGAUGAGCAGGUCGCAGCCGCUCACCUGGACAAACUGGGUGUGAAACUCACCAAGCUAACAGACAAGCAGUCCAAGUACCUGGGCCUGCCCACCGAGGGGCCAUUCAAGCCGGACCACUAUCGCUACUGAGGAGGAGGAGAUGGAGGAAGGAGGGGGAGGAGGUGGUGUGGCUAGACCGGUUUUGUGUUGGCUGUAGCAGGGUUCGGAGGCAGCACAUUUAGCGUUUGACCAGGUUGCAGAUUUGCAUUUGUGAUUCCCUUUUAAAUAUCCUCUUCAAAUCGUAAAGACGUUUAUUUUUUACAAAUUGCAUCUGUGUCAAAGUGAUUAGACACGACUGGAGUCUGGAGCCCGUAUCUAGUUCUGCUAUACGUAACUGAGCUCAAACAUGAUCUGCCAAGCAGCUGCUUUUGAAUGACUAGGCAAUGGUUGAAGGAAAAAAGUGAAACUUUGCAGGGCAGUUUGAAAUACUGCGUCUAGGAUCUGUGUUUCAACUGAAAAUGUAUUUAUUUCCAUCACUGUCUUCUUUUGCUCUGACUCACCAACAUCCUCGGCCGUCUCUCCUCCUUCCCAUCGCGACUCUACUGAAACGCCAUCAUGUCAAAGAGAAUUCCUCUUGUUUGUCAUUCCCUCUCCAUUUUAUGGAAUUAAACAAAUCCUGAUACUUUUCUAUCUGAACUUAUCUCUCUAUCAGCAGCUCGAGAUGGAAGGUAACAGAACAUUUUUUUUUUUUCUUUUCUUCUGUAACCUGAUGAAUCGAGGCGAGCAGUUUAGCGAACAGCGGCCUUAUUCUAGUGUCCUCACACUGACACUGCUCUGUGUUGGCACUUAGUAAAACUACUUGCACUGUGUGAGGAGACUGGAGACGCUCACGAAGAGCUACUGGAUGGUGGUGGAGAGUCGAAAGGCGCCGUUGCCAAAGUAAUCACCAACGCGGCAUCAUGUUUUACAUGAUUUAGAAAAGUCUUAUUUCUUUAUGUUGCCUCAUUUUCUUCCUUUUCACUGUAAUUUAAUUUCACUUGAUGGGCCAAAACAUGUGCAGCAGCCCCCCACCCCCAAUUCUUUGACUUCAUGAUUCAUGACUCGCUGUAGCUGAUCAGGUUUUUCUGAUUCUGGGUGUAAAUGGGUUAAAGUGGUCGUACUUGUUGUCAACGGUUACAGCCCGAAGCACAGAGUUCAACUGCUUGUGAAUGAUGGGUUGAUGUUGAAACUGUCGAAAUGUGACAAUAAAAAAUUUGAAAACA